AGUAUCCUGGUAAUCUGCCACCCAAUGAUUAUUUCAUAAUGAUCAACGGGACACCGUUGUUUGGUCGUGGUGGUAACCCUGAAUGAAAUUUCUUAAUUUGGAAAAGUAGCUUCAUAAAACCCAGCAUUAUAUUUUUGGAUUUCACUAUCGGUUUACGCAAUCUAGCAAAGUGUUAGCCCAAGAACAAUGGGAGAAGUGUCAGCAGACAGCAUCACAGUAGAGAUGCUCAGAGAGGCCUGUGGGACUGUCAGGCGCAGCCCGCUGGAUGUGAUCAACACGCCAAUGAUUCCAUGGUGCCAAACCACACUGCCACUCAAAACAUCCGGCAACAUUCACAUCAAACUGGAGAACAUGCAGAGGACGGGUUCUUUUAAGAUAAGAGGCGUUGCAAACCAGUUUGCCAGGAGACUCAAAGGGGACAAUUUUGUGACCAUGUCUGCUGGGAAUUAUGGGAAGUCUUUUGCGUAUGCAUGUAAUCAUUAUGGAUCCAAAGGCAAAGUGGUGAUGCCAGAAACCGCCCCCAUCUCCAGAUCUCUGCUGAUACAAAGUUUGGGAGUUGAGGUUGAAAGAACGCCAACUACUCGUCUCAUAGAUGUUGUUAAUCGGUGUGUUCAAGAGGACAGCAUGACUUUUCUACAUUCCUAUGAUGAUCCGGACCUUAUCGCUGGACAUGCAAGCUUAGGUUUUGAGAUCCUGGAGGUUGUGCCCUGUCCAGAUGUGGUGGUGGUUUGUUGUGGUGGAGGAGGGUUACUUGCUGGUGUGGCAGCUGCCAUCAAACUGUCUGGUUGUGAGAACACAAAGAUCUAUGGAGUGGAACCAGAAGGAGCGUGUACAAUGUACAAGAGCUUCAUUGAGAAGAAGCCUGUUGGUAUGGAUGCUAAAAGCAUCGCUUCGGGGCUAGCGCCACCUUUUGCAGGUACCUUGCCGUAUGAGCUUUGUGAGAAGUAUGUGGAGAACAUUGUGCUGGUGACCGACGAGGAGAUCAAAUCUGCCGUUUCCACGCUUUAUAAGGCUGGUCUCGUUGUGGAACCUUCAGGCACUGCGGCGUUUGCUGCCGUCGCGAAUGACAAAAUACCAGAUAUCAAUGACAAGAAUGUGGUGGUCAUUCUCAGCGGAGGAAACAUUGGCAAAGACGAGCUUUGCAACUUCCCCGACUAAGCUUACUCAAAAAUUCAUCAUGUCAAAGCAUAUAAUGAAUAAUACUUUUAUACAAAAUUUCUCUUUCUGUGUUCCACAAAUGUAAUAAAAUAAUUCAGGGUUAGAAAGACAUGAGGGUAAGAAAAUUACGACAUUUUCAUAAUUUUUGUUACUAAUGUAUUUUUUCAACUUGAUGAAUUUUCAACUAGCCACAAUCGCUUGUUUUUAUGAUUAAAUAUGUGAAUUAUCAUUUAAGUGCAAAACACUAAAAUGAUUCAAUAUGCAAUAAAUAAUGUACCUGUUAAAUAUGAAAACACUGUGAAUAAAUGGUCAUCAUGAAAAAUCUUUUCUUUUCAAAGCAAUAGCAUGAAAUAUGAGGUUUUAAAUCACAUCCCCUCUGAUUUAUCUGUGCCAAGUUUCUUUUCAAUGUUUCAUUUUUAGUUUAUUUUCAGUGUGAUUUGCUAACUUGGCUAAUAUGCAGAUUGUUUUGUUGGUAACACUUUACAAUAAGGUUCAUUAGUUAAACAUUAGUUAAUGUAUUAACUAACAUGAACUAACAAUGAGCAAUACAUUUGUUACUGUAUUUACAAAUUUUCGUUAACGUUAGUUAAUAAAAAUACAUUUGUUUAUUGUUUGUUCAUGUUAGUUCACAGUGCAUUAACUAAUGUUAACAAGAUUUUAAUAAUGAAUUAGUAAAUGUUGAAAUUAACAUCAACAAAGAUUAAUAAAUGCUGUAGAAGUGCAGUUUAUUAUUAGUUCAUGUUAACUAAUGUAGUUAACUAAUGUUAACUAAUGAACCUUAUUGUAAAGUGUUACCGUUUUGUUUUAUCUCUUUUUAAUAUUCAUAACAUUAUUAAUAUUGACUACAGUAUCUUUUCGCUUAUUUCACACGCUGAGGUAUGAAAUAAAGAGUAUUUUAGACAUCAAAAAAUGUAUCUGAAGAUGCCUUGAUUGAAAGUGAAAACUUGGCUUUUUCAUUCUAAGUGAACAUGCGUAUGAUAUAUACAAAUGAUGUUAUUAAAGACUUGAUUCUUGUUAAUGUACAAUUGACAUAUCAAGGUAUAAAUAUUAUCCAAAUAAAUUCUUAAUGUUAAUGUCUUAUGGCUUAAUAAGAAAAUGGUUGGGUCUUUAAGCAAAUGUUGUCUAAAAGUGACUAUGAAUGUUAUUGGCUCUGUGAUUAAUUGCUUGUGUUCCUCUAUUGUAUGCCACUUUGGAUAAAAUUGCAUAAAUUUAAA